AGACUCCUAGUUAAAGACACAAGAACACAACGAUGGCUGAGCUGCGGGCCCCGAGGGCCGGUGAGCGCGACCGGAGCCCCGUUUAGGAACGGUUCGUUUGGACGAGACCAGGACGAAGGAGAGCGGAGGACCGGCGGCUCCGAAUCAGGUCUUUUCUUGAAUCUGCAGCGACGCCCCCGGCGCGUGCACAAAGGCUCCGACGGCGGCCGGCGGGGACUGCCGAGCGCGCGGGAGCCGGCGCCAGAGGUCGCCUGUGCGCGCCCUAGCCAAACCCCAGGCACCAUGCCGCGGCGCCUGCAGCCCCGGGGCGCGGGCACAAAGGGCCCGCCGGCCGCGACCGCGGCGGCUUCGGAAGCGGCCUCGCGUUCCCACCCCUCCGCCUCCGGGGACCCUCCGGCAUCGGCCAAGCCGCUGCUGCGCUGGGACGAGGUGCCCGACGACUUCGUGGAGUGCUUCAUCCUGUCGGGCUACCGGCGGCUGCCCUGUACGGCGCAGGAGUGCCUGGCCUCGGUGCUGAAGCCCACCAACGAGACGCUCAACUUCUGGACGCACUUCAUCCCGCUGCUGCUGUUCCUGAGCAAGUUCUGCCGCCUGUUUUUCCUGAGCGGCCAGGACGUGCCCUUUCAUCACCCGUGGCUGUUGCCGCUGUGGUGCUACGCGUCGGGCGUGCUGCUGACCUUCGCCAUGAGCUGCACAGCGCACGUGUUCAGCUGCCUGUCGCUGCGCCUGCGCGCUGCCUUCUUCUACCUGGACUACGCGUCCAUCAGCUACUACGGCUUCGGCAGCACAGUGGCCUACUACUACUACCUGUUGCCGGGCCUGAGCUUGCUGGACGCCAGAGUGAUGACGCCGUAUGUGCAGCAGCGCCUGGGCUGGCACGUGGACUGCACGCGCCUCAUCGCCGCCUACCGGGCGCUCGUGCUGCCGGUGGCCUUCGUGCUGGCCGUGGCCUGCACGGUGGCCUGCUGCAAGAGCCGCACGGACUGGUGCUCCUACCCCUUCGCGCUUCGCACUUUUGUGUUCGUCAUGCCCCUCAGCAUGGCCUGCCCCAUCAUGCUCGAGAGCUGGCUCUUUGACCUGCGCGGCGAGAACCCCACGCUCUUCGUGCACUUCUAUCGUCGCUACUUCUGGCUGGUGGUGGCCGCCUUCUUCAAUGUGAGCAAGAUCCCUGAGCGCAUCCAUCCGGGCCUCUUCGACAUUAUUGGCCACAGUCACCAGCUCUUCCACAUAUUCACUUUUCUUAGCAUCUAUGACCAGGUGUACUACGUGGAGGAAGGCCUGCGCCAAUUCCUCAAGGCGCCACCUGCGGCGCCCACCUUUUCUGGCACAGUGGGCUACAUGCUGCUGCUGGUGGUCUGCCUGGGACUGGUCAUCAAGAAGUUCCUAAACAAAACCGAAUUCUGCUGUAAAAAGUGAACCUCCGCCUUGCCUUGGAGGAGGCUGCUGGUUCGCCCACCUAUUUGUUUGGAGUUUCUGUUGUUGCUAUUGUUGGUUUGUUUUCAAGUUUUGUUGUGUUUACUUCUUUGCUCAAGGAAGGUGCUGCAAAACCACAGGGAAAAAGUCGAAUACAACAAGGUGGUCUCAGUGCACUUGGGGCCUUUGGAAGAGGGGAGAUAAGGUUCAAGCAAGAGGGAGAGGGCCACUGGUUCUUGCUCCUGGAAAAAAAAUUCCGGUAGUGUUUCUGACAUCCAGGGUUUUUCAAAGGGAGCGAGUAAAAUCCCCAGUAAAACCCCGAACAGUUUGGUUUUCCAGUCGUCGUCUGCACCAGUGGUAAUGACGAGUAGUCCUGGUGAGGUCAGGUAUGCAGUAAAGAGGGUAAGUAGACAAAAUCCCCGGAUACUUCCAUUUCAGUCUGAGGAAUGCUUGGAUUUGUAAAAAGAAUGGAGCUUUGUAGGGAAUGGGCACAAAGACACAAACCCAGAGCUUAACCUGCUAGAAAAUGCAUGGAAUGUGAACACAAAUUAAUUAUUUCAAAAUGUUUCUCAGAUGUUAUUUAAAUAGUAAUAUAUACAAUGAUUUUUCAUAAUUUAUCAAAGCCUGUGAUAUGCACUGAAUUAUCUUUGUUACAUAGUUUUGAAUUUUGCAGCCCUUCUGCAUUGCAUACACUUGAACUGGACAUCAGGGCAAGCUGCUUGAGAAUUCUCAACUACUUUUUUAAACAGUGUUUUCCGAAGGCUUAUGUGUGUUAUGAUACAACUGUGAAUUAUUCUACCUUAGGGACUCUGGUUAAACUAUUGUUGAGGAGCUCAGUGGUUUGUAUACAUCCCAGGUUUCGAUUUACUUCAAUGUAUUCCACACAACCCAUCCAAUUUUUUGUUCGUUUUGUUUUUAAUUUUAUUCUUUCCUUCUCUACUUAUUUAAAUUGCCACUGGAAUAAAUGUGCCUUUUGAAGCAAUGCCCAAAUGACUGGUCCUCAGACAUAGUUUCAGGCAUGGAGAGAGCAGUAAGAAUAAGCUUUUCUUACUUUACUGUAAAUCAGGGUCUAACAUUCCAUCCAAGAGGGAAGGAAGAUGGUGUUGGUUUUAAAAUUUUGGUAGGACUGAAAGGAGCUUACCAGGAGAAAGGGAGCUAACCCACUAAUGUGGCUGUGGUUCCUAAAGCAGCCAUCGGGGAAGGUGAGAAGACACAGUUCUAGACCAAUGCCAUUUAUCCUUGCUUAUAAUUAAAAAUAUAAUAUUCAGGAAUAACUGAGGCAGUUAUAUUAUGAAAGUCAAGAGCAUAUUACUUGAGUUGUAACUGAAGACAUUGACUCAAAUAACAUUACCUUUGCGUGGUUAAACACUGGUCUCAUUUGGAGCUACGCUAUGGAAAUGAAUAGCAGUCACCUUAAAUCACUGAAAAAUUAGUGAACGUGUUCCUGAGAUCCUUUCUGACAACCACACUGGCCAGUGUUAUUUAAGACAUUUCUCAUAAGUGAUAACCUGUACUUGAGAUAACAACUCUAGAUUAACACAAACCACCGAGGUGGCUUAUUUAACUUACCACACUUCCUGACAAGUCCUUUUGGUUAAGAGCCAAAUAAGUCAUUGAAUGGGAAGUCUUGACUUCAUAGGAUAAUUUAGAUCAAGCACAUAAGGUAGAUGAACACUUACCUCAGCACUGGCCGGCUUGAACUCCUAAAAAGAUCGCUGUUUUUGUUUAUGCUUUUAAUCUCUACUUUAUUUGUAAACAGAGAGGCUUGGCACAAUUCCCUGGAGGAGCCAGUAUCCUUGUGCAUUAAUUUGCACACAGAAGUUAACUUUCUCUAGGUCUGUAUUUAAUUUGGAACCUCUUAAUGGGAUCGUAAAUACACUUUGCACAUUUGUUGAUGGAUGUCAGUAUCUAACCUUUUGCAAAGUGCAGGGAGAUUCCCAUUAGGUGAUAGAGGCUGAAAAUUUGUGCCCAGCAUGGAUGUUAUUCCUCAGCUGUAACUUAACUCAGUGCAUGUAUUCAAGGACAGUUGUGGAAAUCAUGAUAUUUCCACAUGCAAACUUAUUUGCAUGUCAUUGUUGUCCCUUCUAGAGCCCCAAAGAAUGUUGGUUUGGAAGCUAGAGAAACAGGUUGAGGAGUGUUUGGUAGCUUCCUUGUAAAAUGGGACCUCCCCUUUCAGAAGGAACUUUCAAGGGGCAGAAUUCUAAAAACGGUCCAUGAGCUUGAGAACAAGAAAUAAACCCUGUAUUUGUCAUUUUAAAUUUGUGUUGGAGAUCUGGGUCUCCAGAAUUCUGGCCAACAGAAUUCCCUUCUCACCCUGUGUCUUUGUCCUUAAGUAGAGGCCACUUAAGGAUAAAAUUAUACCCAUAUCAUUUUCAAGUGAUUAUGAUACGUGAGCCCAGUAAGGUGACACACUUUCCCCCUCAAUGUUUUCAGACCCAGUGUGCCCCAGGGAGAAUGAGGACUCACUUUCUUUCCCUUUGCUGUUUCCUUCCUUUGUCCCAUUCCAUCUUAGUAUUUAUAUACCACAUAUAACAUUGACAAAAGGACAUUCUAGUUGAAAACAGUGGUUUGGCUUCGCUUCUUAUUUGCAAAAAGAUACCCUAUAUGCUAUAUAGGACCAGGGAUGAUUUGAGAAACUAUGUGUGUUAUUUGCUGAAUUAUAUCAGAUUUCUGCCCAGAUAAAUGGUGAUAUUUUAGAUUCAGCAUAUAUUUACUGAAUCUCCAUUUGUAUGGAAAUAGCCAGGUAUGUUAUUACAUAUUUCAGGGGUAAAAUGGCCAUCAGAAUAAAAUAUCUUUGAAAAACAUUUUUCAUGUUCUCCACUUUGCCACAUCCAUUAGGAUUCAGUUUUACUUUAUUGUGUUCAGCUGCUUGAAAUGUAGGACAAAUGAUAAAUAAGAAUGUACUCCAUUAUCUCUCUAAAACCUAUUUUGGCAGUGGAAUUUUGAAGCAUAUUAUGUAAUGCAUUUUAUUUUUACUUGUUAGUCAUGAUCUAGAUGACAUCUCAAGGAGCAGCGUCGUAGAGUCAUGCCUGGAAAGUGAAGGUGUUUGACUUUUUGGAGCCUGUCAUUCUGUGGGCUGGUCUCUGGGGUUGAUGCAGCUAAGUUAGUUGGUUAAAGAGGGUUCGUGUCUUUCCUGUCUGUGCAGCUGCACCCUCAGAUGAAAGGGAUGACCUUCCCAGACCGAAGUGAGUCUUUUGGUCAUGUCAUGACUGCUUAUAAAAAUAAGCGUGAUCUUUUCCACUGGCCAUACACUUUCUAUAAAUAGCCCAGGAAGAAAGUAUGGGGCUUCAGAGCUGGCCAGAGUGGCCUUCACAUGUUUCCAUUCAUAAAUCCUGCCCAUAAGUGCUUGCAGUUAAAAACCAUUUAGCCUAAUUCAUUGUGCCACUCUAGGGUAAUCUUGUCUAGGAACGCAAAAUUGGGAGAUGGAGGUUAUUAUUUUUAUUUUUAUUUUUUCUGAUUUGGUGCUGAAUCUGAGAGCUCACAGCAAUAAUAAACAGGGAUUGUUAUCUUCAAAUCUCUUUACAACUCUACUUAAUUUGCACAAAGCUAGAGUAAAAGGUACAAUAGGAAUUAUCUCCAUCUAUAGGUUAUACCAAGGCGACAGAAUCAAGUUUGCAAACUGGCCUUAGAAUGUGGGGAUGUUUGUGUGCUCACUUGGGAGUAUGUGCUAGUUUGCAUGGCUGUGAUGCCUGGUCAAGCACACAGACACUAAUUGAAGAUGUGUGUCUCCGUAAUUAUAUAUCUACGAUUAAUAAUGUCUAGUAUUUAUUUUAUAUACAGAGAUAGGUCAUUUAUCAUUGUAAAACAGAGUGAAGUAAGAUGUGGUUAUCCUUGAAUUUAGAUUAUAAAAUCUUAAACAAAAUGUACUUAUGUAGUUUUUAUCAUCUUGGAUUGUUUUUCAUCUGUUGAAGUCUGACGCUGCUGACUUCACUCCAUCAGUAUCCUUUGAGUUGGUUUCCACAUUUGUCCAUGUCAUCCUUUUAGUGAUCACUGAGCUCCUACUGCAUGUAAGCCAUCAGGCAAAGAUCCAUCCACAUUAUUACAGCUAUUACCCCUUUGUCUGUGGGGGAACAGAGAUGGGAACACUAGAGAGCCAUCUGGCCAGGACCCAAACGCUGACCUUGGCCACAGCAGAAUGUCCUAAGCCACUGAGUUUGGUUCUUUUCUCCUUUCUGUUGAAGAGAGGCAAUGCAUAGAAUCUUAUUUCAGUUAACGUGCUAACUUAGCCCAAAGCAAUUUCUUUCUUUCCUUCAUUCUUUUUUUCCUCUCUCCUUCCCUCCCUUCGUCCCUUCCUUCCCUUUCCUUCGUUCCUUUUUCUGUCUGCUCCUAGACCUAUGUGACUCUGAUGGCUGUAGAAAUCUUAAUAUAGGAUGCAGGUGAAGCGAUAGCAGGCAUAUGUACAUGGAGACAGUUGAAAAUUUUAUUACUACUAAUCAAUAGAAACGCUACUAACAACCACUUUUGGGGAGGUUAAUAGUAUUUAUGUCAUUAUGAAGCAAGAUUCAUCCAAAGUGCCUAGACUGUGAUAUCAUUAAGUGUCUGAAUUUCAUAGAGAGCAUACUUAUGCUUUAAAAAAUAGGAGCUUCAGUCCGCAAAGACGAACUCAUGUUCUUUAGCCCUUUUCCUCUUUUAAGGUCCUUGUGUUGUCAUCUAUAAAACAUGUCUUAGAAAAAAUUAUUCUGGAAGAAAUUAGUUUUUUUAAAAAGUAUCAGAUCUGAAAAAGACAGGAAGAAGGCAUGAGCAGGGGAGAACAAGGAGGAUUUGACUCAGACAGUUAGAAUGGGACCGCAAGUUCAACUGUGGACAGUUGCUCCUGAGUUUUACGUUCUGUCCCUAGAAAAGCAUGUGAACUUGCAUGGUGUUAGCUCUCAAAUGGACAGGCAAGGAAUUCUCUUUGGCAGGCUAACCACGUCCUGUAGUUUUUGACCUGAGCACUACUGCCAAGGUAUAUUUUGAGUAGUACUCUUACUGCUGGCUUAAUGUCCUUAAUUUGUUUCCAUAAAAUUAGGAUCUAAGGCAAAAAGGCAUUAGGGGAUAGCCCAGCCAAUUGUAAAUCACCUUUUGAAUCAUUUCUUUGAAGGACUGCCAAUAUCCUCUAACACAAAUUGCCUGACAAAAAGCAAACAAGCCCAGACAAACCGAAAAAAGAAAGCAUUCAUUGGUUAAGCUGAGUGAGCACCAUUGUAUUCCAAUGGGAUAGGCUGCACAUUCUCCUGUUGAAGGUUUUCUUCCUCUUCACUACUAUGAAUAAUGAUCUUUUAAUUGUGAAAAUAGGUAUAGAUUCUUAAUUACUCUUCCAAAAAUCUAAUACAAAUUUUUGCAGUUGUUUCAAAAGAACAGAUGUAUUGCAUUUCUGGUUUGCAGAUUUCUAACCAGCUUGUAGACAUUUUUGUUUUAGAAUAGCUUCUUAAGAGUCUGUGAACAAGUUGCAGAAUUAGAGUGUUUAUAUAUAGGUCAGAGGCCAAGAACACUCCGGUGGCUGCUAACUGUGGCAGGAUGUGACUUUGGAAAGCUCGGAACACAUCCAUCCAUGCAACAAAAUGAUCACUUAUUUACUAUCUAACUCGGUGGAAAAGAGCCUUUUGUUUGAGUUUUGGAAAAUGUUCCCCAAUGUAUUGUGCUUCUAAAUGUGAUGCAGGAUCCUCCAUCUUUUUUGUUCUCGAUCAAUCUCUGAAAGCUGUUCCAAACAUGGCAUUCCUCAAGGAAUAUUUUGUGAAUGUGCAAAAGUAUUCUCGAAUGUGUCAAUGUGGCAGGCCACCUUUCUCAUGCCUUACAGCUCCACCUAAAAUAUGCAAUAAGCAUCCCCGUAGGAGUGAAAGGGUCUUCAGAUGGUUAUUUAACCGCGCUGUGGAAAUGGCCCUGCUCCUCACGGCUCACCCACCACAUUGAGAAAGGACAUCAUGUAAAUAAACCUUUGUUUCUAGUUGAGGGGCGUACGGGGAUACACAUGAAUCUCGUUUCUUCUUUCAGUUCCAUCUGUAGUUAGAAAGUGUAAUCUUUUUAAUAUGCUGGAAGCAAAAAAAAAAAAUAAUAAUAGGAAAACAUUUUAAAGAGGUAUUCUAAUUUUCUAUCUUACAAGUUUAUAAUAGCAAUUUGUUUGUAAAAAACAGGCCUUAGCACAUAGAUGAGAACCAGCGCUUUUUGGAAAGCCUCAUCUUUGUCCUGGGAGUUUAAUCACCUUGAGCUCUUACCCAAAUGACGAAGACCUAGUAGGUCUUUAAAAAUGUAAAUAAUGUAUAGUUUACAGAAGGGUAAAAAACCUUUUUUUUUUUUUAAUGAAGAAAACAGGUCAGAUAUGUUCUAGGUGUGUAACAAGGCUAAAUUCAACAUCUUUUAAAAAUUCUAGUUAGAAACUUCAUUAAAUCCACUCUCCCAGCAAGGCUUAGCAUGGAAGGUCUAUUUUCGACCGGGUCAAUUUUCUCUUAUGGAGGCUAUGAGCAAAAUUGUUCUAACAAAGCAACUGAGUACCAAGGCAAAGGGGAUGAGGCACAGUUCACUUGGAUGAGGGUAUAACCACAGCAAAUGACACAGCCAGGAAACCGGGCACACACGUGCCCCUCGUUUCUGUGGAGUGGGAAGGAGCCGAGAGCCCCACACCAUCGCUACACAGACAAGGCGAAGGCUAUCUGGUUGCAGGGCUGGGGAUGAACCCUUGGCUGUUCUUUUAUCUGCAUAAAGCCUGUGGUGGCUCUGAACUCCUCAUUCCAGCCUUCCCCCAGGCCAUUCCCACCACCCUGGAAGCCUUCGGUUUUCACAGCCUCCUCCUCUAAGACGAAAGGUUUCUAAAAGGAUUUCAUGUGUAUCUAGGCCUUGUCCAACCAUCUGCCUUAUGAGGUUCAUCCAUUUCUAAACCAAGGAUUUAAAUACGAUUACUGCGCUCAGAUUUACAAGAAUGUACAAUCAGCAGGUCCCCUUUCGCAGUAAAGGGCAUUUAAUUGAAGGCCAUACUCAUUUUUUCCCUCAGGUCAGAGGCAGAGGGAGGAUUUCACAGUGACCAAGUAGACACCUCCUUGUACCAGUAUUUUCUUUUUUCUAAGUUCAUUUAAUGGUGAUAAUGGAGGGAGAAAGGAGUAAAGGAUAAUGCAGGCCUGAAGAAAGAAACCGAGGGGAAGAUCCCACUGCUUGCGAAAUUAUUUCUUCUUAGGCUGCCUGACUCCAGCCAUCACCUACAUCCUAAACAGCUGUAUUUAGCUGGCUAGAGAGGCUUCUCAGGAUGUGUGAACUUCCAUACAGGGACUAUGUACGAUGUGAUUUCAAAUCAAUAGUGUUCUCUGCCAGAGAAGCAUUAUUUAAUCAUAAUUCCACGUUACCUUAUAAAUCUAUAGAAAUAGGUAUCACUUUGGUCAGUUCUGUGCAUGUAACUAACAAAAUUGUGACUAAUUUCUCUUGUAUAGUUUGCUAUGAUUUUGGUUUUCUGAGGUAUUUGUUCCUUAUGGUCUUGAACAUGGAAUUCUAUAUUAAUAAUAUAUGUAUUUUUUGCUGAAAAACAAAUGUAUGAAGUAAGAAUAAAUUAUUUGUAA